AUGGCGACGACGCAAAACAGCACUGUCACCAAUGGUGGCAUCAAUGGCCAGGAUGACUCCGAGUUCACGAGGUUCCGCGACAUCCCCAACUCUCUCCUGAUCCCAACACAUGGCGAGCAAGAUGAGGACCUGGCCGGUGUGGAAAUUGGUCUAGAGAACCUCGACGACGAUCCCGAAGAUCUGUGCACGCUUCUCGAGAAUGAACAAGCAGCCAAGACGUUCUGGAUGACCAGCGCCCUGGCCUACGCCAAGAAGGGCAGCGUCGACCAAGCCAUUGACAUCUUGAUCCGAGGCUCCAAUGCUGUCCAGGCUAACAGUUCUGGCAGCAGCACGGGCCAGAGGGACAGGGUCAGCAUGCUAUGCUGUUUAUGUUGGCUAUAUCUCUACAAGAGCCGUGAGGCCCCUCGCCUUGUACCUGAAGGCGUUUCGGCCUCAGAGGUCAAGACGAAAGAGCAGUACCUCCAGAUGGCAACGUCUUCGCUCAACGACGUCGCGCGCUUGAACCCCUCGUUCUCGCCCAUGUACCUUGCGCGAGGUGUGUUGCUACUCCUCAAGGCUUCCUUACAUGCUCCUUCCAAGACGGGCUCAGUAGCUGGCUCAGAGAAGCAUGGCCUCCUGAAGACAGCAGCGAAGGCCUUCGAGGAUGCACUCCGCGUUUCGCAUGGCCAGAAUAUGUUGGCGCUGAUGGGCAAGGCUCGUACCUUGUAUUCUAUGCAAAAAUACCCAGAGGCAAUGGCCUCUUAUCAAGAUGUCCUUACCAAGAUGCCCGAUCUGACGGAUCCAGACCCCCGCAUCGGCAUCGGCUGCUGCUUGUGGCAGUUGGGCUACAAGGACGAUGCCAGGACGGCCUGGGAGCGCAGCCUGGAGCUCAACCCCCAGUCCAAAGUGGCCAUCAUUCUCCUUGGUCAGUUCUACCUGGACGCCAGUAGUCAUCUUCCUGUGGACACUGAUGAUUUCUUGUCGCUCUACAAGAAAGCCAUGACUGAACUCACUCACUCUGCUUUCAAGAUUGACAAGAACAUGCCGUUGACCUGCGCGACCUUUUCCAGCUUCUUCUUGUCUCGCAGAAACUGGGACAAUGUGGACAAGCUGGCCCACAAGGCUAUCGACUACACCGACGUCAAUGCAGUGGCCAGUGAUGGUUGGUACAUUCUAGCCAGGAAGGAACAUUCUCUGGGAAACGUCGACAAGGCCGCUGAUUACUACCGACGUGCCGAUGAUGCUCGUGGAGGCACAGAUAGGGGCUAUCUGCCAGCCAAAUUCGGUGGCGCGCAGCUUUCUGUCCUGAGAAACGAUCUCGGCGAGGCCAAGCUACGACUGGAAAAGAUGAUACAGCAGACUCGUACCUAUGAGGCUAUGGUUCUCUUGGGCACCAUCUACGCUGAGGAGGUCUUCGAGAGCCAAAGCAGCGACUCCAACGAGGACAAGUCCGCGGAAAUGAAAAAGGCAAUCUCGUUUUUGGAGAAUGUGCGAGCUUCAUGGAAAGAUCCCAAGAAAAGUCACGCGAGGGACGGCUCGGUCCUGCUCAACUUGGCGCGUCUCUAUGAACUAGACAACCCUGAGAAGGCGUUGCAGUGCCUUCAACAAGCUGAGCAAUUGGAGCUCGAUCACUUGCCGGCCUCGCACUACCCAGAGGGAGUCACUGACGAGGCAGAGAUAAAGACUGCUCUUCGGAAGCACCUUUCGCCGCAACUGCUGAACAACAUUGGUUGUUUCCACUUUCAAGCGGAGAAAUACGAUCAGUCGAGCGAUAUGUUCCAGGCGGCUUUGGGCUCGUGUAUUCGCAUCAGCGACGCGGAUCCCGAUGCCGAUACAGAUGCCUUAGUGUCCUCCAUCAGCUACAACUUGGGUCGCAGCUAUGAAGCCCAAGGGCUCACUGACAAGGCUGUCGAGGUGUACGAGGGAUUGCUGAAGCGUCACGACGAUUACAUUGAUGCUAGGAUCCGCCUCGCUUACAUCAAGCUCCGGAAGAACCCCAACAAGGAAGGCCCAGACGCGGUCGCCAAGCUCUACCAAGACAACAAUGCCAACCUCGAUGUGCGUGCCCUCUACGGUUGGUUCCUGGGCAAGGUGCACAGCAGGAAGCGACCCGCCAACAUCCAGGAGGACCACGAGUACCGCCACUACAAGCACACGCUACAGCACUACGACAAGCAUGACAGGUAUGCCCUCACCGCCAUGGGUAACCUCAACCUGCAGCAAGCGCGAGAGAUGCGUCGUGAGACAGACCACGACAAAGCAAAACGUAGUCAGCAGUAUGCAAGGGCGGUCGAGUUCUUCGAUAAGGCUCUCUCGCUGGAUCCAAAGAAUGCCUAUGCUGCGCAAGGCAUUGCCAUCGCCAACGUCGAAGACAAGAAGGAUACAAAGAAUGGCCUACAGGUGUUCCACAAAGUGCGCGACACCAUCAAGGACUCCAACUUGUUCAUGAAUCUUGGUCACGUUUACGCCGAGCUGCGGCAAUGGUCGAAGGCGGUGGAGAACUACGAGAUGGCCUUGUUGCGGGAUGGCAAAGCGAACGAUCCGACAAUUCUCGCUUGCCUUGGCCGCACUUGUCUGAACCGUGGCCGCGCUGAGCGCAAGCUCGAGGCUUAUGAGAAGGCACUAGAGUGUGCACAGUUGGCGCUCAAGGCGCAGCCUGCGCAGGUCAACUGCAAGUUCAACGUCGCUUUCGUGCAGAUCCAGCUUGUCACGUUCAUGCAAGGUUUGCCUGGAAACCAAAAGUCCACCGAGCAACUGGAGGCGGCAGCAAAAGGCUUGGAGGAGGCCAUCACCUCGCUCGACGAGAUCGCCGCUGGCACACAGUUCCCCUAUCCCAAGCACGAUAUUGAGCAACGCGCCAGCAUGGCUCGCAACACUUUGCGCAAGCAACUGGAGCGUGCCAUUGGCAAGCAGAAGGAAUGGGAGGAGGCAAACAAGGACAAGAUUGAGGAGGCACGACGUCUACGCGAGGCUGAGAAGAAGAAGCGGGACGAGGCUCGUGCAGCUGCCGAGGCGAAGGAGAAGGAGCGUCUUGACAACCUGCGCAAGGAACGCGAGAGAAUCCAGGCACGAGAUCGCGAGCUCGCCGCGGCGCGAGACAGGGAGAGACAGGAGGAAGAGGAGCGCAAGCAAGCUGAGAUGACUACCGACGAAGAGACUGGUCAAAAGGUGAAGCGCAAGCGCAAGCCGGCUGCUCCCCGAGGCGAAGGCAAGUCCAAGCAGCCAAGGUCGCGCAAGAAGAAGAACGUCGAUGAUGACGAUGAGGACGACGAGGCAAGCCCGGCAAAGAAGAAGAGACGCCUCACGCAAAAGAAGGACAACCCCAAGUUCAAGUCGUCGGAGAUCAUAGUGGACAGCGAUGAGGAAGACGACGACGACGCCCUCGAGGCGGCGGAGAAGAACCUCGAGGAGAGGGAGGACUCGCCACUCUCAGAGUUGGACGAGAAUGAAGCUGGUGAUAAGAUGGACGUGGACGAUACCGCCAACAGGAUCAAGGGUGGAGACGCUGGAGAUGAAGACGAGGAUGACGCCCCGCAGCAGCAGAGUAAGAGGACAAGGCGCGCUCGGGUCGUCGACAGCGACGAGGAAGCCGACGCAGAUGACGAGCCGGUGAGGAAGAGCUCCGCCGCUGCUGAAUCGGGAGACGAGGCCGGAUCGCCUGCUGCGGCCGCUGACACUAGUAUGAAAGAGGCAGAGGACGAGGACGAGGAGUGA